AUGCUCCGACCAUUCACCAAAGGAUUUUUAGCCUUUGCCAUGUGUUUGUCUGCAAUCGGCACAUGUAGAACCAGCGCCAUAGAGGAAACUUUCCGUCUUCAGAAUGAUUUGUUCCGGAAGUACAACACGAGCAUCCGGCCUGUGUACAACCAAACAGAGGCGGUGCUGGUCCGGGAGGAAAGGAAACAGCAGUUUGCUUUUUCUGCCUGGUUUGAUUUGGAAUGGCAUGACGAUUUAUUAACUUGGAACAAGUCCGAGUACGAAGAGGUUGACCAUCUGCUGUUGCGGUCUGACCUUAUCUGGAAACCCGAUAUAGCUGUCACUAACAGUUUUGACGAUUUAUCAGAUUUUAUCAGUGAUGACAAUUUAGUGCGCGUGUCCCACGAUGGCCAUGUCCACUGGAUGCCUGGCCAUUUCUUCAGAACUUACUGCCAGGUGGACGUCACCUAUUAUCCGUUCGACGCUCAAACCUGUAACAUCACACUGGCCACCUGGAUGUCGUCGGAGGCUGAAGUGGACCUCUGGCCGGAGUACGUGAACAGUGACCUCUGCCAGCCCAGCGUCGAGUGGGUCCUUAAAGAACCCCCGGGGAUGGACAGGGUGAGGCACCUGUACCAGCCUAACGCUGACGCCCCCGUCACCGUCAGCGUCACGUUUAACCUGCUCCUCACCCGCAGGAAAACGUACUACGUUCUGAACGUCAUCCUGCCCGUCCUCAUGUUCGCUUUCCUCAACGUGGUCGGUUUCGUACUGCCGCCGAAGUCAGGGGAGAAAGUGACUGUCUCAGCAUCGGUCUUCCUUUCCUUCUCCUUCUUCAUAAGCCUCUUGAAUGACUCCAUGCCCAGGACAUCCGCCUCCACGCCUAUCCUAGGUAUUUACCUAUUGGUUGUUAUGGGUAUGGGGGCGGCAUCAGUCUGCUUGUCAGCCAUCACCAUUGCCGUCCACACCAAGGCUAAAGCCCAGGUAAAUGAUCACAAGAUGACGCCACCAGCACGUGACAGGAAGCGGAAGUUACGCAAAGCAAUGUCGAAAGUAUAUAGAAUUGAGGAUUUGAACGAGGGUCAUCAUCAAAGUUCUGGCGAUUUCCGUAUUGACCCAGAGAGUGUUUUGAUCGCCAUGGCAACCGUCAAAGGUUAUAGUAAUGAAGAUGUACAGCGGCUUCAAACAGACCUCUUCACCAAUUACACUAAGCACGUGCGACCUGUCAAGAAUCAAUCGCACGCCAUUACAGUUGGAGUUAACGUUUACCUCAUGUAUAUUCAUCAGUUGGAUGAGAAAGAACAGGAAUUCUCCUUCUCGGCUUGGCUUUAUAUGGAAUGGAGCGAUGAUUUUUUACAAUGGGACCCGGCUAUGUAUAACGGUGUGUCCUCAAUACUGGUGGCUCCUACCCAAGUCUGGAGACCAGACAUCGCCAUCUCCAACAGCUAUGAGAGAAUGACAAAGUACAAGACCGGUGACUAUCUGGCCCGUCUCGACUACGACGGCAUGGUGGAAUGGUCUCCGGGAGACGUUUUUCACACCCACUGCACUGUGGAUAUCACCCUCUACCCUUUCGACACGCAGACGUGUACCAUCAUGAUGGGUACCUGGAUGUAUGACGUGAGUGAAGUGGACGUCGUGCCCCUUGGGAACGUCAGUUUGGCGGAUUACGAUGAGAGCGGCGAGUGGGACGUCAUCUCUACCAAGUCUCAGCGCACGGAGCAGAGCUUCGAGUGCUGUCCGGGCGAGAGCACAGUGAUGGUCGAAUUCUCGAUGAUCCUGAGUCGGAGGAAGACGUUCUACGUCCUGACGGUGAUAAUUCCUGUCCUUCUGUUUUCCUUCCUGAAUGUUGUUGACUUUGUGCUCCCCCCUGAAUCUGGAGAGAAGAUGUCCUUGGCGGUCACGGUUUUCCUCUCCUUCGCCUUCUUCAUGAGUAUCCUGAAUGAAUCCAUGCCGCGGACUUCUCUAUCCUUCUCCAUCCUAGGUAUCUACAUGAUCUUUGUAAUGGGGAUGGGAACAUUGUCCGUCCUGUUGUCCGCCAUUGUUAUCAUGAUUCAUCACCGGGUCAAAGGUCAGCUACAGGCGUCCGACGUCACAUCAAGUCAGCAGCCUCGCGGCUCUGCAUCGAUCAACAGGCCAGCAAAUCCACCAGAUUUCCUUCCGGGCAUCGAACAGUUCGACAACCUCAGUGAAAAACUUAACGGCACAUUUGAAACUUUCAGCCAGUCCGAUGAUGAGUCACUGAAGAUGGACUCUGCAAGGGGCUCGGAGCGGCAGACGCAGGCGAACGCGUCCGCCAACACAGAAGCGAGCGUGAGCAGUUUUGCACGACGAUGUGAUCGCUUCUUUCUCUGGUUCUCCCUGGCUCUUACAAUCUGCGGAGCGACUGUCGUGAUGUCGCUUCUUACUUACAACUAA